AUGUCGACAGAAAAUGGUUUGGAGAUUAAUUGGUGUUUUGUCUCCUACAUACGUUCAGUAUAUCUGAUGAAGGAUAAAGAAGUAUUUGAUGUGAGCAAGUUGUCUAUAUCUGAAUAUGCCCUGUCUCUUGGUCUUGCUGUGGCACCACGAGUAAGAUUUCUUCAGAAAAUGCAGAAACAACCCACCAAAGAAUUGGUAGUGAGUCAAGCUGAGAAAGUAAUUGAGCCAAGGGCUCCCUCCCUCACCAGUGAUGAAGUGGAAGAAUUUAGAGCCUACUUCAGUGAGAAAAUGUCCAUCCUUCAGAAAAGUGGGAAAAAACUAGAAAGGACAGAGUAUAGACUGGCUAAUGGUAUUAGCAAUGAAAAACAAGAAAAAGAGGAAGGAGAAAGAGGAGAAGAAAUGGAAGAGAAACUGGCAAAAGCAAAAGGGUCUCAGACUCAAUCUGUUCCUAACCCUGAUGAGGCACAGAAGAUCAAGGAGGUUCCAGUGCAGUUCUUGGACAGGGAUGAGGAGGAAGAAGAUGGAGCUGAUGCUGAUCUUUUUAAGGUGAAGCGGCACAAUGUGUUGGGGUGGACCUUAAAGAGAAUAAAGCAUUACAG